GGACGCGGCGGCGGCGGCCAUGGAGCGGCGGGAGCGGCGGGAGCGGCGGGCGGUGGCCCUGGAGCGGCUGCAGGGGGUGACGCGGGAGCGCUUCCUGCGGGACAUCUACCCGCGGAGAAAGCCAGUAGUGCUGACAGGACUGGAACUGGGCACAUGCACCACCAAAUGGACAAUAGAUUACUUGAGCCAAGCUGAAGGAUCUAAAGAAGUAAAGAUUCAUGUGUCUGCAGUGCCACAGAUGGAUUUCCUCAGUAAGAACUUUGUGUAUAGAACUCUGCCUUUUGAUGCAUUUGUACGAAGAGCAGCUGAAGUCAAGCACAAGGAGUACUUUCUUACUGAGGAUGAAAAAUAUUAUUUGCGAUCAGUGGGUGAAGAUGUUAGGAAGGAUACUGCAGAUAUCAGGAAGCAGUUUCCUAUUUUAGCAGAAGAUAUUAAUAUUCCAGAGUAUUUUGAGAAGGAACAGUUUUUCUCUAGUGUCUUCCGCAUCAGCUCAGCUGGAUUACAGUUGUGGACACAUUAUGAUGUAAUGGACAACUUCUUGAUCCAAGUCAUAGGGAGAAAACGAGUUGUUUUGUACAGUCCUCGAGAUGCACCAUAUUUAUAUUUAUCAGGUACCAAAUCAGAGGUACUGGAUGUGGAUAACCCAGACAUGGAGAAAUAUCCCCUUUUCAUGAAAGCCAAGCGCUAUCAAUGUGUUUUGGAAGCAGGAGAUGUGUUAUUUAUUCCAGCUUUGUGGUUCCAUAAUGUAAUUUCUGAGGAAUUUGGAGUGGCACUGAAUGUCUUUUGGAAGCACCUUCCUGCUGAGUCCUAUGAUAAGACUGACACUUAUGGAAAUAAAGAUCCCAUGGCAGCCUCUAGAGCUAUACAGAUCUUGGACAGAGCCUUGAAAACACUUGAAGAACUACCUGAGGAAUACAGGGAUUUUUAUGCUCGGAGAAUGGUGUUACGCAUCCAAGAAAAGGCUUAUAGGAAUGAUUAUGGAUAAAGUAACACACUGCAAUUCAGCAAGGUCCCUUGCAAGUAGAAAAUUGUUAGCAUGGAGACUGUCCAUCUGUACUUACAUACACUUUCUGUGAGACCAAUAGAAACUCAAUAAACAUUCAUCUAUAACAAA